CCUACCUCCCUCUUUCUCUCUCUUCCACUGUUAUUCCUCUGUUAUCUCUUACUCCUUAUUCUCUCUCCUCCCUUCCAAAACCUUCACUCUUCAAAAUUCUCUUACUCUGUUCUUCCGUUACCCUACAAACACUCUUGAUUCCUCUUCCCAAUCUCUCUGCCGCUUCAAUUCAGCCUGUGGUAGUGGAUAUGGCUAAAUUCAACCAAGCGUAAUCAUGCAAGGAAGCGCUGUUGCACUUCUGUUUCAGAGGAUCUAACGAAAUGGAAUUUAGGCGAAAAACGCCUCAACAGCUUCUAGCACUCGAUGCGUUCUAUUCAGAGGAAAAAUAUCCUACGCAAAGCAGAUUGAAAACUUAUGCGGCCACUUUAGGAUUGACCUACAGGCAGGUACAAGGAUGGUUUGCUCAGAAGAGGAGGAGGGACAGAAGUGAGGAUGAAACUACAGUAUCAUCUACUGGUGAGUGGCUUCAAGAGAAUCAAAGAGAAACCAAAGUGAGAAAGGUUUCAAAGCAAACUAGUUCAGUCCCUGUAGAUUGCUGUGGCAAGAUGGCUGCUCCGUUUAAAACUCAUGGUAUCGGAAAGGGUUUGAUGACAGUUUGGCAGGCAACAAAUCCUGAUGCUGGCAAAUUUCCUGCUGGAAUAAAUUUUAGUGGCCGAGAACUUAUGGAUGCAUCUUCAGUUUCAACUUCUUCAUCGGAAGAAUCAUUGCGGCAAGGGAAACGACCACCACGACAAGCUAAAGUGAAGGGAAGGCAGGCAUCCAAAGUACAGGGAAAGAGAAAGCCUUCAACAAAAAACAGACGGGUGGAACGCAAUGGAGAAAAGAGUCAAAAGCAAUUUUGCUACAAAAAAUGUGAACUUGCUUGGGAAAGAAAGAAAUCUCAAGGAUGCGUAGACCAAUUUGCUACUCUGGUAGAUGAUGAAGAGUUGGAGCUGAGAGAGUUGCAAGCUGGAAAACAUAUUAUGGCUUCUUGUGAUCACUUCAUGGCAAAUGAUGUUAAUAGUUGCUCACUUUGCAAAGAUAUGCUUGCCAAGUUCCCUCCAAAUUCUGUGAAGAUGAAACAACCAUUUGGCAUUCAAUCUUGGGAUUCAUCUUUAGAUAUUGGCAAGAAACUAUUCAAGGCCUUCAAUUUUCUUUAUACAUACGCCAUAACAUUAGGCAUAUGCCCCUUCACCCUUGAUGAGUUUGCUCAAGCAUUUUAUGACAAGAAUUCAUUCUUACUUGGAAAGAUUCACAUGGCUCUUCUCAAACUACUAUUUUGUGAUAUCGAGGCAGAGUUUAGCAAUGCGUACUUGACUCCUUUGAGCAAGUCUUGCAAAUUUCUUGCUUUAGUUCAUUUGCUUGGAAGUCAAGAUUUUGCUCUUGACGUAUGGAAGAAAUCAUUGAACCCUUUAACAUGGACAGAAAUACUACGUCAAGUGUUGAUUGCAGCUGGUUUUUGUUCUAAACAAGGUGCAUUGCAAAAGGAGACCCUUUCUAAGGAAAUGAACCUGAUGGUUAAAUAUGGUCUGCAACGUGGAACUUUGAAGGGUGAAUUAUUUAUAAUUUUAUCAGAGCAAGGAAACAAUGGGAUCAAAGUUUCUGAUUUGACAAGGGAAUCAAAGAUUGUUGAUCUGAAUGUUGCUGGCACUACUGAAGAACUGGAGCUUCUAAUAUGUUCCACUCUGUCCAGUGAUAUAACUUUAUUUGAAAAGAUAUCUUCAUCUGCAUAUCGUGUCCGGCCUAGUCCUGCUACAAUGGAUGUUGAUGAAAUUCAGUCGGAUACUGAUUUUGGAAGUGUAGAUGAUAUAGCAGCUAAUGCAUCUAUAUGCAGCAGCAGUUAUGAUUCUGAAUGUGAUUCAGAAAACUUGUGUUCUCAAAUAACUAAAAUUCGGAAAUCCAAUAACGAAAACCCAACUGUUUUCAUGGAGAUUGAUGUAAGCCAUCCAGGUGAAGCAUGGCUAUUAGGACUGAUGGAAGAUGAAUAUUCAGGAUUAAGCAUUGAAGAGAAGUUGAAUGCAUUGGUGGCUUUAAUUGAUCUUCUUUCUUAUGGAUCAAGUAUUAAGCCAAAGGGUACGUCUACAUCUUGUGCAAUUGAUUAUGCUUCCGACAUACGACGCUAUGGUUCUGGAGCAAAAAUAAAGAAGUCAUCUGUCAGGGGACACAACCUGUCAAGGUCAUUCUUGACUAGUUCAGGACAGUUGCAUGGUGCCAGUAUCAGACAUGCUUCAUUAGAACAUCAUCCUAUUGAUUCAACAACAACAAUCUCAGAGUUCCAUGAGAAUUUAGUAGGUCAAGGAAAUGGUGCAAACAAAAUGGGAGAUGUUAUUUACUUGCAUCCAAUGCAAUCUAUCUUUUUAGGUUCGGAUCGUAGGUACAAUAGAUAUUGGCUUUUUCUUGGUCCUUGUAAUGCAUCUGAUCCUGGUCAUAGGAGGGUUUAUUUUGAAUCUUCAGAGGAUGGCCAUUGGGAAGUGAUCGAUACUGAAGAGGCCUUGUGUGCCUUGUUAUCUGUGUUGGAUGAUAGAGGUAAGCGGGAAGCUUACCUCAUUGAAUCUCUGGAAAAGCGUGUAGCAUUUCUAUGUGAAGCCAUGUCAAAUUAUAGCACCAGGAAUCUUGUGAGCAGGAGCUUUACACAAUCUGAACAAUCUGAUAUGGAUAGGAUUAGAGAAAGCAGUUAUUCUCCUGUGUCUGAUGUCGAUAAUAGCCUAAACCAAGCUGAGACUACCGGUGAUAUGUUGCCUUCAUGUAGUGCUAUAGUUCUUGACGUUAAACGGAAGGGAGAAGAAGAAAAGCAAAGCUGGAAUUGUCUCCAGGAAUUUGAUUCAUGGGUAUGGAAUUUCUUCUACCAUGCGCUUUAUGCUGUAAGGCAUGGUAAAAGGUCAUAUCUCGAUUCACUUGCUAGAUGUGAAAGCUGCCAUGAUUUGUAUUGGAGAGAUGAGAAACAUUGUAAAGUUUGCCAUAUGACCUUCGAGCUUGACUUCAACCUGGAGGAAAGAUAUACCAUUCAUAGGGCAACUUGCCGAGAAAAAGAGGACGAUGAUGUAUUUCCAAAGCAUAAGGUUUUAUCAUCACAGUUCCAAUCGUUGAAAGCUGCAGUUCAUGCAAUCGAGUCUGUAAUGCCUGAGGGUGCCAUGGUUGGAGCUUGGACUAAAUCAGCUCACAAGUUGUGGAUCAAACGGCUAAGGCGCACUUCCUCUUUGACAGAACUUUUGCAGGUGGUUGCUGAUUUUGUUGGUGCCAUCAAUGAAGAUUGGUUCUAUAAUUUCCCAGAAGGUUCUUCAGUUGAUUUUCGAGAUACGUUAGCGUCGUUUACGUCCUUGCCCCAAACGACCUCUGCUCUUGCGUUCUGGUUGGUUAAAUUGGAUGCCUUCCUUAAUUGCUUUUUGUGGAAGGAUCUGAAAGGCAGCUAGAAACAUAGCCACUCGCAGAGGUAAAAAAGUAGAGGCUAGAGAUAGAUACUCCGAACAUACCAACCCAACUCAACCCCUAUUUGAAGAAUUUGUACAGGUUACCAACAAAGCGAUAUGUAAGCAUUAGGCAUCACUUUCGGGUUUAAUGCGAAUUUGCAAUGGGAAGGCAAUGUUUCAUAUUAUUAGGGCAUUUAAGACAGAUUUUUGGUGCAGCUGUCUUGUGCAUUCAUUUUUAGGUUGAUUAAGUUUUAGCAAUGGGUUGGCCCGAGUGAGGUAGUAGUUGUAGUAGUGUUCAUUGCAACUACACUCAAGGAUGUUCAAUAAUAAGAUAGCCAACCUGCUUCCCUCUUUCUCUA